AUGACUACAUAUGGUGGAAUGCAGGUACCAAUACAGUCAUCAACGUCUGCUGAUAUUCAAGGCUUUAUGCCAUCACGCGCAUUACAAAGCCAUGGAAAAGCUAAUAUGGGAGUUUCUUCGUGCUCGUACAGUACUAGGACAACCUGUUCCCGGCAUCACACUUUAAGCACUGAGUCCCAAUCGUCGUUUAAUGAAUGUGUCGAUAUUGGGGGAGCCUCAGAACGUGAGACAGCAGCAACUACCGCAGCUGCAACGCCACCUCUGACCCUCAAUUCGAUUCCAAACCUUGGACAUACACAUGCUCGCAACAGGCAUUCUAAGUUUCACUGGGAGGCUAAAAAGUGGUUUCAAGGGCCGUCAGUCACAAGGUUUUCGCGAGAGUCUGGAUUUUCUUUCAGAGUUUCCCCCUCCUCUACUGGCUCUUUAACUGCUCGCCCUUGUCGUCAUAGCCCUCCCUCGUGGGUGACGAAGGAAGAGCAAGACGAACUGCCGGAGUUCAUCCUUUUGAGACACACAGAGUUAUCAUUUGUUUGCGUUGGGUCACUCGUAUCCCUCCUAGAAACAUGCUGCACCAUCAGCCACUUUGGAGGAAAUGAUCGGCUGCAGCAACUUCACGAUCUGACUGCAUCUCCCUUCCACUGCUCUUCAAGGCCACACAUAGGCCUUAAGGAUUACUUGGUUAAGCGGAUUUUUCGGCAUGGAAACCAGUGCAUCAACGACGCUGUGGUGGCCCUUACUCUUCUUACCCGCUUUCUCUGCGUGCAGAACACCUUGCUUGCAAGUGCUCUCCCAGGAAGCCAAACACCCUACCAUCAGCAACAAAAUCAUCACGAUGAACACAGCACAAAGUCACAAGAUGCGGAGCGCAGCUGUAAAAUACUACACUCAAAGUUGGAUGCAAGGACAGCUGCUCCUGUAACCCGAGUCUGUUUGGCGGUGACAGCAGCCCAAAUAGGAUUUGUAGAGUUCAACUACUUGACGGCACACAGGCUUCUGCUAACGUCGGCGCUUCUUGCAAAAAAAUGUCAUGGGGAUGAGCAUACAAGCAUCAGGCAAUGGGCACAGCUAGGCGGAAUUUCCGUUGAGGAACUGGUGGAGGCAGAGGCAGCGUUCCUACAAGUUCUUGGCUGGAGAGUACAAGUCACUCUGGAUGAAUUCUUCGCUACGGCCCUGGGGAUUUCUUUUGGAGACUCUCGCCUUCUAGGGAAGCAGGGACAGUUGCUACCUCCGAGGGGGAAUAGUGCUACAACGGCACUGUUUGUGCAGCACCAUUCCAUGAUGCUGCUGCGGCAUGCUCACGCACACUCAGGCAGACCCAAGGGGGUGCCUCGAGUUGUGAAUAUUAAGCAGCUGGUCAACGAGCCCAAUGCAGUUGAAAAAGCACGGCAGCAACAAAGGACGGAAGACCUUGCAUGUUGCAUGUGCCCUUCCUGUGGCAUACUCCAGUGUGAGCAGAACAUGACUGGUGGACAAGCGCUGCCAUUUGGCUUACCUGGCCUCUCUGAUUACGAUAGGCUCAGGACAAUGCCGCACGAAAUGCUUGAUCAAGCUUCUUUUGGUUUUCUGCCUUUGCCUUGCUCCAUGCCUGUUGGAGAGGUACAACCGCACAUCCAAAGGCCGAAGAACCAUAUUAAUCCCGUGGAUUCACGAGGGUCUGCUUGGCACACGUCUGCGGUAGAAUCCACCGCUAGUGUGCACAAUCAAGGCCCCUCCGUAUCAAAGCAGGAUGGUGGAAAUUCACCCACACUACGAAUGGUAACUGAAGACGUUAUAUUCGCUAUAAAUCAACGAGCUGAGGCAUUUUCAGGCGUUUUCCGUGACAUUGCUACCGUCAGCGCCGCUGCUGCUGUUGCGGACGACCCAGGAAAAAGUUGA